GGAAAAUCCAAAAUCUCACCGUGCACCCACACCCACACCCUCCCCCUCGUUUUCCCCUUCCAUCCCUCCAUCCCUCCUUCCUUCCUUCCCCCCUUCCCUUUCCCCUCGGUGGAGAUGCGCUAAGAUUAACCUCUGCUCCUGCUGUGCCCGACCGUAAUCCAAAACCUUGACGGCAGAGCCCCAUCCAUUCCCAUCCAAGUCCACCCCCCCUACACACCCCCCAUCCCAUCCCAAACUUUCAUUUAUACAAAGGUUGGNACGGCAGAGCCCCAUCCAUUCCCAUCCAAGUCCACCCCCCCUACACACCCCCCAUCCCAUCCCAAACUUUCAUUUAUACAAAGGUUGGUUCGUCCGCCUCUUUUUCUAAAGUCUCAUCCAUCUCCUGUUGCUACUCUUCGCCUCGUUUUUGAGUGACAAGGUCCCACGAUCUUCGAGAGCCUAGUCAACCAUCUACAACCAGACCUUACCCAUACCCAUACAGUAUCAAGUACACCCGUGUCAAUCAUUGUACACCAUCGACCAGACGAAACUGUCACGAACCAUUAUCGAUAACUUCAUUGCUUGACGUAGCAAUAACGCUCCUCGUAAGUUCUUCUGUACAUUGAUUCAUCCAUUCAUCCUCAUUCUUGUCUCCACCGAAGACGAAGACGAAGACCUCAUGGCUGAUCCUCACAGGGCUGCACAUCAUUACAGCUUAAACAACACCACGAGGCGAGGCAGUAAGCAACACGACAACACCCCCUCUAACACACAAAGCUGCCCACGGCCCAACCGAAACACCCAAGCAUGUCUCCUUCUCUCACCAUCGACACCACCCUCACGGACCAGGACCAAACCCUCCAAGAACUUCUUCGACAACAAGCACAGAUCACGGCACAGCUCCAGGCCCAUCUCGCUGCCAGUUCCUCGGGUUCCCAAGCAACCACCUUCCAACGGUCCCCCAUCCACAAGCAUUAUAGCCAUCGUCGAAGUAAUAAUGUUCCCCGAAGCAUGUCCAGUGCCGGAGCUACCAUGGCUCGCCAACUUUCUGUAGGACUAUUCUUUGGUGCUCCCUUCCUGAACUGGCUCUAAUGACAACUAGGAUCGGAUAGAAGCCCCCAUCCAGCCUUCACGAGCCCUCUCUCAACAAUCCGCACCAACUCCCAUGGCCAGGACCAACUUGAAGGGAACUUCCUCAUCACGAAGCGGUGGCAAUCUCCCAUUCACACAAAAUGGCUCCGUUAUCCCUCCUCUAUUUCGAUUGGAACGAGAGAACCCGGCUUUGGAUUCUUGGAUGCAAGACCAGCCUAUGAGCUCCUAUACCCUCACUCAUCAACCUCUUCACCUCCAACGUUCGGCGUCACAACAAAGCUACGGACUGGAACAGGUUCCGGAAUUGGGAGACCUGGAACACCCAGGAGACUUCAUCUCACGUACAAUGGGUGAUAAUUCAAUCCUUCCCAUCUCACCAUCAUUCUCAACGCCUUCUUCAGCAACACUCAAUCACAACCACUUUACAACAAGUGGCUCUUUCAACCUCGGCUCACCAUCAACACCGACAACUGAGUCUCUCACAACGGGCACGACACUCACCAGCAACAUGAGUCGCCAAAACAGCAUGUGUAAUGAGAUUGAAAGUUUUCAAAUGAUCAAGUUCAACUCGAACAACUCCUUUUCUUCCGAUGUCACUUCUCCACAUCAAUUCAUGUAUAAUGAAGUCAAUCCUCCUUUUGUAUCCCAACCCCGACGCUCUUCAAGCGAAGAACAGUCCAAACUAUUGAUUGGUACUGGUGGCGCGGGGAAUGAUUCUCAAUUUCCCAUUUCUUUUUCCUCUGAAGAUCCUUUCCCAUCUCCUCUUUGCGCAACAAAGAUGGAAAAAUCUCAAUCAAGCGAAAGCACUUCCUCUUCUUCGUCUUCCAAUUCUCGAAAUAAGCAACGCUUACUAGCCACAUUGGCUUGUAAGCCGUUGAUGCCGAAAGGCGAGACAGAUACUCCCAUGUCACGAUCAAACUCUUCAAAAUCGACGAGUCAUGUCGCAUCGAAUGAUGGAUCGCAAGACAAGCUGGCUAUCACCAAGCCAAGCUAUCAGCGUCCGAAACAUGAACGCGUAUUUUGUACUCAAUGCGAGUCACAUACCGAAGGGUUUCGCGGUGAGCACGAGCUGAGAAGACACCAAGACCGAGAGCAUAAAGCUUCAGUCAAGAAGUGGGUGUGUAUCGAACCUUUAGGGUCGAGUCACCCCAAACCAGAGUUGGCUUUGACCAAAUGCAAAGCCUGUGUGCAGAAAAAGAAAUAUGGGGCAUACUAUAACGCAGCGGCUCACCUACGUCGAGCACACUUCAAGCCCAAAAAAGGCAGAAGCAAAAGCAGUAAAGUCGACGAUGCCGAUAAGCGUGGAGGUAAAGGAGGUGGUGAUUGGCCUCCCAUGUCUGAAUUGAAGCAUUGGAUGAAAGAAGUUGAGGAGGCACAGGAUUGUCUGAUGCCAGCCUCAUUGCAAGAUGAUGAGGAAGAAGCGGUUGAUGGCGAGACGUCCGAUAACGAAAAUGUCGAGAACUACGAGCCGCAACAGCAUUAUUCUUCACAGCCCAUGUCUGGCGUUAUAAAUACCGCCUUUGACAACCAUUGUGGCACGUACAUCAACAAUCACUCUCCAAUGAUCCACGACUUUCCGAAUAUAGGUGGAGAUGGGAUGUUUGAUAUGAAUUCUCUUGUUGGUACUGAGGCCACUUCGUGUGGUGAUUUUGGACAAUUCUCGAAUUUCCCUAAUCCCGUCACGGGGUUUACGGGAACAGACUUUUUCGAUGGAAGUGUAGCUGGGGUUGGGGUUAAUCAGAUCUUUGAUGAACAGAUCUUGAGAGGUGGUGCAGAUUUUGUUGAUUUUCCUACUUCUUUUCAUGGAUGAUUCUGUUUUUUAUGAAUCAUUUUUCUUUUCCUAUUAUCUUCUCGUCUCUUUCUAUCUUUGGAACGGAAUAGACUUAUAUAUUUUUUGGUGUGGUGUAUAUAAAAGUUUCUUUAUAUCUUCUUUUUCUUAUUGUUCUUAUACUUUUUUCUUUCUUUUCCUUUCUCUAUAUAUACUUCUUUGCUUCGACAUCGUCUCGUUCUUUUCUCAUCGGUUCGUGUUGAGAAAUCAUGUAUUGUGUAGCGUGUUCUUCUGGGGAUUCAUUUCAUCACAGGAAAUGAGAAAUGGGAUUAUUACAGGAGUUUUCUGGAGAUUUUUCAAGAUGGGGAUAAAGGCGUUUCCCUUGAUUUCUUUUUGGGAGGGUAUGGAAAGGGUGUUGACUUUGGGGUCUUGGGUGUUUUGGUUUUAUGGGAUUAUGGGAUUACGGGUUUAUGAGGUGAGAUGUGAUAUGGAUGACAUGUGUCUCUGGGAGUGGAGAAGUGGAGGGGGAGAGGAAGGAAUGUAUAUAUAUAUAGUUUAG